GCUAUUGUUAUUGAUGGAAUUAAUAAAAUGACCUCAAAUGCAAUGCUGCCAGAUCCUUCUCCAGAGUAACGACAUGUGCGCCGGAUGGACGACGAGCGCAUAUCAAAGAGUAUUCUGUACGGCCAGCUUUCGGCAGGUGAGAGACCUGUCAGCUGAUCCCAACUACACUACAAAGAUGUCUGCAAGCGUGAUGUCAAAGCUCUGGACAUCAACACAUAAAGCUGGGAGGCCUAACAGCUGAUAAAGACCGCGACUUAUGGCGCUAUACACAAUGGAAUCAGGUUCUGGCGGGAGAGAAGAUCCAGACCUCUUCUUGAGGAACAGAGAGCCAGACGGAAAGCACUUGUGUAUGAGUCGAACCCAAUGGCUAUUCACGCCUGCCCUAAAUGCGGAAGAGAAUGCUGCUCCCAAAUUGAAUUGUUCAGCCACAGUCGACACUACACUAUCAUGACCACAAUCGAGGGCGCAAUAUCCAUGGUCGACACCGACCAACGGAAGCCACAUACACACUACGAGACUGGUGGUGUUGAUAUGCAGCAUGCAGUGAUUGAAUACAAUGAUCAGGAAAAUGUAUAUGUGUUAAAGGAUUUAAAUACUGCACAAGGCACAUAUGUAAAUGACUGUCGCAUUCAAAACGCUGCAAUAAGACUAGCACCUGGAGACCAGAUAAAAUUUGGAUACAUGGGAAUGUUGUAUGAGUUUGCAGUUGAUACCCAACAAAACGUCUCCUGUCCACCUGUACAUACUCAGCAGAUGUGGACUCAGCCAUUGACACUUCUCCAAGAGGUGACCAAUGAACAGUCCAUGGUAGGACAACCCCAACACAUGGGUUACCCAGGCACUCAAGGACAGGUGUUCAACCAAAAUUCCACACUGCCGUUCCUUCAAACGGGCACUGCCACCCUCACCAUUCCAUCCACCGUGUGGACCCCCUCCGAUCGCAAUACCCUACCCCGCCCCCCUGUAUCAAUGAGAGGUAGACCCAUGAGUGCAGGUUCAGCACGCAGAGUUCAGACUUUGGGGGGAACCCCUGUUCCCUCUCCUGCUCAACAGAUGCCACAAAAUGUAAGAAAUGGUUGGGUAAAUGGAAUGGCUGGAAGACAUCAAGUGAACCAAAAUGCAGACAUCAGCAGGGUCCAAGAAAAGGAACAAAAGAUAAUGCAGCUUAAUGAAGAAGUGGGUAGACUACGGGACAUAGAAAUGGAAUCAUUCCGCAAAGAUGCCUACAUCCAAACGCUGCAGCAGGUAGUCAAUGAUUUGAAAUCCAAAUUUGGAGAGCAACAGCCCCUGAUAAUGGGACAAGAUGUGAACCUGACACAGAGGAUCUGUCAGUUAGAGAACGAAGUCACUGCGAAGGACCAGGAAUUGAAUGCAGUCAAAGAACAGUUAAGUGGCUUCAAAGUUCAGCAACAGUCACCGUCUAUGAUGGUUCUGGAGACGGACAAUAAAGAGAAUAGCCAGCUGAAGAUCGAGUUGGAGAGAGCCAAGAAAGAAAAGAACAUCACCUCUGGUCUCGUCACUCAGAUGCAGAAAGACAUGGCCAACAAAGACACUACCGUCAGCAGACUAACGCGAGAAAUCGAGGCUCUGAGGAAGGAGGUUAGAGAGAGAGAUAUUCAGAUUUCUUCUGUUUCAAAUAAGCUUUCGAAAUCUAAAGAUACUCCACUGAAAUCAACUGAGGACCGAGACGCCCGGGAGAAGGAGCUGAUCAGUCUGAGACAGGACUUAGAUUAUUUUGAGAAAUUCAAAACAGCAGAAAACAAAAUGCAAGAACAACAGGAACUGAUUAACACCCUGAAGCAGGAACUGGAGAAAUCCAAAGUCAGUAUAUUUGAUGAGAAGAGUCAACAGAAGAAACUGGAAACACAGAUAGACCAGCUCAAGUCCGAGCUCUCAGAUGUGCAGCGCACCGAGAGAGUGGUCAGGAUUGACCUGGAACAGGCCACCAAAAGGUUGGAGAGGUUCAGAAACAGGGUUGUGCAGUCUGCCUACGCCUCAGGGUCAACCAAAACUCCAGAAGGGGAGAUUACUGAUGACCAGCUGGUAGAGACAUUAAAGAAACUGGUGGAGGAGAGGACAGAAUUCCACAACAAGGUCAAGGAAAUGGAGAAACAAUUAAAACUGACAGACAGCAGCAGCAAUGUGUUUAAACGCAACAUUACCAAACUACGCACAGAUCUGGAGAAAUCUAUUGAGAAUCUGAAGUCGAAUGGGUUCCUGGUGAGCAGCCUAAAGCAUGAGAUGGACCUAUUACAGUCAGUGACAGGUGAUGAGUCCGUUCUGUGGAUGAGAGACUGUCUUCUUCAGCUACUGACCCAUGUCUCGACCUGGGAGAAGGAGAUCGAGACUUCUCUGCAGACAUGUGGAAUCAACAUCAAUCUCUCUAAUGACGGUCCAGGAAAACAUGUAGUGAGCUUGCAUUCAAAGUUACAAGUUGUACAAAAGGAGAAAGAGAAUUUAGAGGCUAAGUUGGCAAACACGGAGAAACAGUUCAUGUCAGAGCUGGAGAUGAAGAUCCAGGUGAUGAAGGAGGAGAAUGAGAACAGGGUGAAGGAUGCAAUCGAAAAAACCAAAGCAGAGGGUGAGGAGAAACUGAACAAGGCAAUAGAGGAGUUGAAGUUUGUGGAGGCUGAGAAGAGAGAGAAUGCUGUGGUAGGAGAACAGAAAAAGAUGGAGGAACUGCACGUCACAAUCGAGCAACUCAGAGAGAACCUUCAGGAGAAACAGAGAGAAUAUGAGGAGAGAUUACAAGAGGCAUCUACAACCAUUCAACAAAUAGAUGAAUACAAGGCAGUGCAAACAGAGCUGGAGGCCAUGAUCCAGGCCCUCGAGACCGAGAAGUUAGAGCUCAACGCCCAGCUGUCAUUGGAGGCCCAGGACAGGGACAAGAAGUAUGAGCAGGACAUUGAGGCCUUCAAGGAGCAGAAUAAGCAGCAUUCUGUUACCAUUUGUGCCAUGGAAGAAAGGCUGAUUAAACUGAUGAAGAAGAAUAAAGACUAUCAAGAAGAAAUCAGUGUCCUCAAGAAAACUUUGCAAGAUAUGAAGACUGAGAUGAUACAACUAAAGGACAAGGCAGCUGCAGCAGCCCAUACUAAACCAGCACCACCUCCCAAGCCAAAGGUCAUAGUUCAGAAGCCAUCAGAGGACUAUGUAGCAAUGGAGCAACUGGUUGUGGUAUUGAGGAAAGAGAACAGUGAUCUGAAGAACACACUCCAGAGUCGAGACGACAUAAUUUUGGGUCUGAGGAGGGAUCUUGCAGGUGCUCAUGCCAGACUCUCUGAUAUCACAGGCGAACUGAGUGAGAAUCAGAAGCAAGAAAUGGAGAAACAUAGAGAGAAGUUGAUUCUGAAGGAAAAAGAGAUUGAAGGACUGAGGCAGCAAAUGGUCAAGUUAUCUAAAAUCAUCGACAAACAGAAGGAUGAAAUCAAAGUGUUACAGAAACAACUCAGUGAGGAGAAGUCUAUUUCUAUAAAAUUCCAAUCCAAUAUGGAUGAAAAGAACCGAAGAAUCAAAGAAUUGGAAUUGGAAGUGGAGCAGGAGAAAUUAGAACAGAAGAAACAACUUGAGCUCCUGGAUCAGGAGGGCAAGAUAACGUCGGAGCUAACAGCCCUGGGUGCCCAGUGCCGAGGAGAGAGGCACGAGCAGGUGAUAACACGACAAAGAGAGGCACUAGCCGAACUCCGACUGCGGUGUAAAAGUCUGGAACAGUCCAAACCACCUUUGCCAACCCAAGACCAAGCCUUGCAACAGGUCAUUAUGCUGAAGAAAGAGCUAGCUGAGAUCAAAGUUAAUCAGGCUAUGUCAGAGAACAGCGAGUUGUCCUCAGGUCUCGAAAGGGAAGUUUCCAGGGCCAGGGGCAUGCUGGGAUCUGUCAAUGCAGAGGCUGACAUGGAGAGAAGCGCUCACAGGGAAACUAUGGAUGCUUUGGAUGCUAGUGAGAGCUCUUACAUGACAUUACUGAGGGCUAUGGCUAGUUGUCUGGAGAUGGAGUCUGUUGAUGGUCUUCGUCCCAUUGGUCACAUUCCAAAGGACGAACGAGAGAGACUGUUACUGGAGAGAGAGAACAUGUGUCAAGUUCUGGCCAAUAGAAUUAAAGUUCUGCGAGAGAGAAUCGCUAGGAAGGAGGAGCUACUGCAGGGAUAUGAGAGAGAUCUGGCAAAACUAAGACAAGCCCAGGAAUUGGCCAGCAGAAACUCAGUACAAGUGGAUAACCUAGCUAAUGAUGUAAAGAGUAGGACCGAGGAAACUCAGUAUCUGAGAGAAUCACUGAGCCGGACCCGAGAUCGGCUGGACCAGGAGAAAAGGCUCAAUAAAGCAAUCAAGCAACGCAAGACUUUCCAUUUGGAGAAUGAGAGAAGUCACCAGGAGCAUGUGCCAGCCUCUCACCAUUGUAAGGAGGAGGACAUUUUCGGAAAGAGUUCAGCAAGAAGGAAAGUUAACAAGGAAUCGCUAAGGAGGAAAAACUAUGAAAUCAACACACUUAAGAAAGAAUUGUGUAACAAGGAGCAGACACUGUAUGACACAGAAAACCGACUUUACACACUGGAGAGUAGUAUAGGCAUGGAGAAGAGACGAGAACAGGAAAUCAUCGAGUCAUAGUAAUUAACAAAUGAUCUGAAAUCCUUGUAUGGCAAUUCUAUACCCCAGAGGAGCAUUUAAAGUUUUAGGAAUAGACACUUGAUCUGAGUGACGUAGCGCUUACCAAUACUUCUCAUAGAGGAAGAAAAGUCUGAAAUCAGUAUGUAUUUAGAUACAUACAAAUGGAUGAUUAGCAUAAUAGGUUUGUGAAAGAAAAUGAAAGAGUGUACAAUGUGAAUGUACUAGUAUUAUAUAUUUCUCUGUGAUUUACAAACUUUUGAAUAAGACCAAAAACUAAAAUGGUUGAUCAUUUUAUUUUGUUCCUAAUUUCUACUGUCUUUUCUAUGAGAAAUAGAAAGGGGUAAGAAAAUUGUACACAAUAAAUUUCUUAGUGGACACAAAAUAUUUUUAAUCUUGCAUGUAGCCAUACAUUCUUUCAUAAAACUAGCCCAGGAAUUUUUAUUUUUUUUUUAUCGUUUUUCAUUUUAUUUUAACUUAAUUAGGAAAAUUUUGGUAUUUAAAGAAAUUUGAAUCAUUUCUUAUAAUGACCAGAAACUUUUUGUAUUGUAUGAAAUAUGAACGUGUACUAAAAUGAAUAGCUUUCGAUAUUUUGAUACCCAUGGCAACUUUUAUGAUACAAAUACAAGAGCACAGGUGCCAAAUGAAAUUCAUUCCAACUCUGUCAAUUCUGUAUGAUAUACAUGCAGGUAUAUUAUACAUUUCAAUGCAACAACUUGUUCAUAUUUGCUAGUCCAUAAGUAGCUCUAGUAGUACGGUUGUUUUGUAUGCAUGAGAGAAUGUGCAAGAGGUCCUUUAAUAUUAAGCUCAGCUGUGAUAUAUAUUCAUAACAUAGUUCAUUUUAUCUAUUUGGUUUAGGGUAGCUUCUGUAGUGCAUGUAAUGUCUUGAUGUCUACAUACAUGUAAACUUGUGAAGAAUUGUAAUGUUUCCGAUUUACAUAGUUCUUGAAAUUACAUUCAUUUUUUUUCUCUCAAAUGGGCCAUUAUGAACAGAUAAUUACCGUCCACAAAAUCCAAUUUAUGAAUUAUUUAUGCAUUCACAAUAACUAUGUCAUAUUAUGAAGAAAUUUUUAUUUCAUUUCAGUCAUUUACACUGAAAUAUAUAUGAAUUUUAUAAUUCCAUGUUCAUACUAAUUUUUAUUAUAUUGUUAGAAGUCUUUUUAUAUACAUUUUGAAGAAUUAGUAUGCUUUGUUUUGUUUCUGUAGUUUUCCUGGCAUUGGCUGCUGAUGUCAGAUUGUUGUAAUAAAGGAACGUAGAAACGGA